AUGGAUGAAGAAGAAAUAGGGCUAAAGAUAGAAGAUAUUAUGUGUACGUUUAAGAACAUGGAUGGAGGACCUGGAAAGUUGAUAGUUGGAGUCAGCAAGGCUAUGGAACAAAUCAAUGAUCUCAUUGAUAAGCACAAAAAGAAUGAGGAAGCACCACCAUCUCUCAGUCAAGAGACUCUUUUGACUUUGCUCACCAUUGUUGGUAGAGAGGUCGACCUUCACACCAACAAUGGUGAUGUUUACACUGGAAUCCUUUACGUUGUCUCUCCUGAAACUGAAUUAGGUAUACAAUUAAAGCAAUGCAAACUAGGAAAUGGGAUCAUAGUAGAUACGCAAGAUAUUGCAUUAAAUCAAAUUUCUAAAAUUGUUGCAAAGGGUGUUACUGUUCUUGUGGAGAAUCUUGGCAGGAGUUUCUUGAUACUGGAUGAGCAACCAAACUACCAGAUUGAUAUUCAAAGGAUAUCUAGUGGAGAAGAUACUAGGAGUUCGUUAAUUAUCAAGAACAUUCCUAAGAGGUAUACUUCAGAAAUGCUUAUAUCUGAAAUCAAUGACACUCAACCAGGGACUUUUGAUUUCAUCUACCUUCCACUUGUCAAAAAAAGGGAGAAAUCAAAGAAAAACCUCUUCUUUUAUGGUGUUCACAAAAUCGCGAAUUUUGUUUUAAAUCUCACAAGAUUGAAUUCUGGUCGAAACGCACCAAAAAUCGCACGAAACGGGACUGUAAACGCGGAGAAAAUGGUGAUGGAGCGCAACCCAGUUUUGACCCGUUUCUGGUCACGGGUUGACCCGCCAGAGGUUGAAGAUACACUGUUCAUGCUCCAGAGUUUCUUGAUACUGGAUGAGCAACCAAACUACCAGAUUGAUAUUCAAAGGAUAUCUAGUGGAGAAGAUACUAGGAGUUCGUUAAUUAUCAAGAACAUUCCUUAA